UGAAGACUAGACAGUGAGAACAACAAAACCACCAAUCCCAUUGCACCUAAACAACCACAUCAGGGUGGUAUCCAUUAGGGCACAACGUAGCAAAACAAUUUGCAAUGGAAAAUGUUCAGCUACAAAAGCAAGCGUUUCUUAUUGGACAAAUUCAGGUAUUUCUGACUGCAGACACACCGGUUUUGGACAACCCCGGUGGCGUCACCUUUACUUCAACUGACGCCGGAGUGUCGUUUAAGUCUGUCCAUCUGCCUUUUCACCCGGCCCAGCCAAUCACCUUCCACUUCUUGAAUCCCGAGUACUUAGUGGUCAUCAGCAUAGAUGGCGGCCUGUGGCUUUCUCUGGACUUUGGGGCUGUGUGGAAAAAGGUUCACGAAGGAACACAAUCUUUCACGUGUGGAGGCAGACAGAAGAGGAGAGCUGUUCCUAAAGAGGACAGAAGACCUGGGGAAGACGUUCACCACCGUGGCACACAGCAUCUUCUCCUUCGGCUAUGUAGGAGGCUUCCUCUUCACCUCAGUCAUAGAGACACUGGUGAGACACACACACUGAUGCAACCACACACACACACACACACACACACACUGAUGCAACCACACACAGGGGUUUUAUCUGAGUGGGGGAAGGUUUGAGGUAGACAGACACAUUGAUAGACUAGAAUAACAGCUGACACCGAUCUGGGCAUCAGGGUACACACACACACACGCAAGCUUGCAUACUUAUGCAAGCAAGCGUACACAUACAAACACACACGGGUAUCAAAAUAUCAAAUACAAUUUUAUUUGUCACAUACACAUGGUUAGCAGAUGUUAAUGCGAGUGUAGCGAAAUGCUUGUGCUUCUAGUUCCGACAAUGCAGUAAUAACCAACAAGUAAUCUAACUAACAAUUCCUAAACUAUCAAAAUAUCAGCUGACAUAUACAAUCAUUUACACUCUGUGUUAUUUACACUCACUCUGUGUGACAAUACAGAGGCGGAUGCAAGAUGCAAGCAACGAUGGUUUAAUGAAUACAGUUUACAGCGGCAACAGGACAGACAGACUAUACUCAGACGGAAUCCGACCCAGGGACUCGGGCGCAUCUUCCGAUGAUAACGUGCUGAGAGAUCCAGGGGAGUGUGUCCGGAUGGGGUAGGAAGGAGCACAGCAGAUAAUCCACACAAGGGCGGCGAGAGAAGCGCACGGACACACGACACAACCUCAGGGAAGAAACAACGAUCUGACAACAAGCAACACUGGUUACAGAACAUAUAAAGGGAAGAUAAGUGGUUCCAGCUGGCGCAGACAAUCAGGCCGAGAUUGGGAACCACGCCCACACAAACACGGGAGAGAGAGAGAGAGAGAGAGAGAGAGAGAGAGAGAGAGAGAGAGAGAGAGAGAGAGAGAGAGAGAGAGAGAGAGAGAGAGAGAAAGAGAUAGGCAGUGGAUUCAUGAACCGUGACACUCUGCCUUUCAUUGGUCCAGUCAGUCAACAGUCGUAAACCACAUUGUGGUUCUUGCUUGGUUAGAUCUGUAUUGUGACUAAGUGAUUCUCUCCCAGGGAGCCUUGGUUAGAUCUGUGUUGUGACUAAUUGAUUCUCUCCUAGGGAGCUCCACGUGUCAUCUAUGUGUCCUCAGACCAAGGGGACCACUUCAACAAAGCCCAGCUCCCCUCUGCCUCCACUGAGCAGUUCUACUCGGUUCUGGAUGGGGAUGAGGACAUGAUCUUCAUGCAUGUGGACAAUCCAGGAGAGGAGAGCUACUUUGGGACGGUGUACACAUCAGAUGACCGGGGCAUCCUGUACUCUAAGUGUCUAGAGCGCCACCUGUUUGGUGGGGAAGGGAAGAGCGACUUCACCAACGUCACCUCCAUGAGAGGAGUGUACCUCACCAACAUACUGGAGGAGGACUGCUGCAUUCGGACAGUCAUUUCGUUUAACCGAGGGGGACAGUGGACACUCCUCAACAAGCCCCAGAAUGUUGAGUGUGGUGAGGAUUCAAGAAAUGAUUGUAACUUGCACAUCCACGGUGAGCACAGUCGCUACAACGGCAUCACUCCAAUACUGCCUCUCUCUGACCCCACGGCUGUUGGCCUUGUCAUCGCCCAUGGCAGUGUGGGGGACUCCAUCUCGUCAACACGUCCUGACGUGUAUGUGUCAGAGGACGGGGGGUACAAGUGGAGGGGUUCCCUGAGGGGCCCUCAUCACUACAGCAUCCUGGACGCUGGGGGGCUCGUCGUGGCUGUGGAGGCCCACCCCAUGGACGGCCAAAUCAACACCAUCAAGUUCUCCACAGAUGAAGGCCAGUGUUGGAAGGUGUACAACUUUACAGAGCAGCCCAUCUUCUUCGCUGGCCUGACAUCCGAGCCGGGCACCAAGACCAUGAACAUCAGCGUGUGGGGCUACCGGCGUGAGGACGACCACCAGCCCAUGUGGGUGGUGGUCACCAUUGACUUCCAGAGUCUCCUCACCAGAGAGUGUGGUAACCAGGACUAUGUUCAGUGGUUGGCCCAUGCCACAGAGGGCGGGGACUUGGCCACAGAGGGGUGUGUCUUGGGCUACAAGGAGACCUUCAGGAGGCUGAGGAAGCUGUCCGUCUGCAGGAAUGGAUGGGACUACGUGGUGAGCAGGCAGAAAAGCCCCUGCCCCUGCACCAGAGAGGACUACCUAUGUGACUAUGGUUACUAUCGUCAUGAGAACAGCUCAGAGUGUAUGAGACAACUGGACACUGCAGACCACGCCCUAGAGGUGUGUCUAAAUGGAGAGGAGGAGGAGUUUAGGACGUCGGGGUACCGUAAGGUUCCCAGUGAUAAGUGUGAGGGAGGUUUCACUCCCCUGCGCAUAAAGGAGACAGUCAACAGGCAUUGUGGGAACUCCAGUCAGCCCCCCACUGCCAGCCCAUAUUCUGAAACCCCGAGAGAGAAGAUGCUGUUGAUCGUAGUUUGUGUUGGAUCAGGGAUUGUCAUUCUGGUGGCUGUUGCCGCUGCUGUCUAUACUGUAAGGAGAAUGGGCUAUGGAAAUAGGGCGCCAACGUAUCGCUUCUCUGUCCUGCAGAUUCGGGACGACGACUGCUCCAUUGCCGCCGACCCAGAGUGUCGCCAGUAGCAACGGAACAUCAGUCUUCCCAGUGGAUUCAGAUGAUGAUCUUAUUGAAUGAACAACAUGAGAUUAAAUAUCUUGACGAGGAUCUCCAGAUUUUGACCAUUUGGAUGUAUGACAUUCCACUUGUUGUAUUACGUACCUGUUGCAUCUCAAUGGAAAGAUGUCUAGGGUUUGUGAGGAACAAAUUGCAGAUGUCAUGUAGAUGGUUUGCAGAUGUCCCAAGCUAUUUAUUGAGCGAAGAACACUUCCCACUGGACACUGGUUGAACCAACGUAGAAUAGACGUUGAAUUGAGUUUACUUCAAGUUUCACUGCUCUGUUUUUAAGUAUUUGAUGAAUUAACAGUUUGUCUCUGUCUGAUGAUAUUAUUUAUGCGUGGAACACUUUCUUCAACUUGCACAAUUUUGUAUGGCGCUUGCAACGCAAUUGAUAGUGGGUUCGAUUCCCGGGACCACCCUUGUGUAAAAUGUAUGCACGCAUGACUGUAAAUCGAUUUGGAUAAAAGCGUCUGCUAAAUGGCAUAUAUUUAUUAUUAUUACCACUGUUCACUAGUCUGUAUUUUGAUGAGGCCCUGAAUAAUGUGCAUUCCUAAUAAAUCAAUACAGUAAUGUUAGAAUAGCGAUGUAAUGGAAAUAAAGUGCCUG